UGUUAGGUGCAGCGCGUGUGUUUUAUUUAUUUGGAUCUGCACGCGUCUCCUAUGCGAAUCAAAUAGACGGAAUUUCUUAACCGGGAGAUUAAAACAUUGCUGUUAGCCAGAGACAUCUGUACUCCUCUUUAUUUCUCAGCAAACAAAAAUUUCGUUAUUUUAACUCUAUCAUAUCCAGAUUGCACGUAUUUUAAAGAAGAAGAUGGAGAUUGAUGCCUAUAAAAUUGCCCUAAAAUAUGUAAAUAAUGAUUGGAGAAAAAUUAAAUACCGAUGUGUGAAAAAUGAAUCUGCUUCGGAGAGUAACGCCAAGGACAGGUAUGACGUAGCUAGAAAUAUGUUGCUAUUUGAUAGAAAAUCUGUUCGAUCAACCGAAGACAUUCAACCAUGGAAGGUACUUUACAACAUUAAAGAUUUCAAUUUGGAUUUCAUCGUAGAGAAUGUUUCUAACAACGAAUUCAUGAAUGAUAUUGUGCAAGAUCUGCAUUUAUUAGCCACAAGAAACAGUUUAGAUGUAGCACAUAAAUUUAGACAGAUGUUAAGUGAUGAAUAUGAAAUAUUUUCAUAUUUUAGAAAGCAAAACAUGAAACGAAAUUUUCCUACAAUCGAAACUGUUGUUUUAUUAGGUAUGAUUUGCAGAAUUUAUUCAACUGAUGCAACGCAGCAUCCCGUUAUGCUACCUGCAAUGAUAUAUAUGUGUGACAUAUUGCAUGCGAACUUUUAUCCAUCUUAUAGCAACGUCAUUAUUAGGCUUUACGUUUGUGAACUAUUAAAGAAUUGCAUCUCUGAGUCAAGAAAAUUUAUCCCAGAAUCUAUUCAAUUUUUGAAAAGUGUUUUUGACUUAGCCUUGGUAGAAAACAUGAAAUCUCAUAAGUUUAAUCUGAUCAUUACCGAAAAAGUAUCAUCUGAAGAAAUUCCAACCUUACAAUUGUUUUCAAAAGAUAAAAAAUUAACUAGGGUGAGUGAAAAAAUUGGCGUUAUUUUCACUGCCGCCUCUCUGACAUUUUGUUUAGCUACCCUGUAUAAGGAAUACCCUUCAUCCAAAUUUGCAUUCCAGCCAAUAUUAGACACCCUCAUCCAGCUUCCUGUUCAUCUUUAUCCUGUAGAAAUGGAGACGCUGAUUAGAAGACUCAUUGAAUGUCUAAGGCGAGAGACUCCUCCCUUUCGCCAUCUUACACAGACUACUAAACCGAAAUCGUUAAAGAUGUUUGAACCGGUGUUUGAGUGUCAAUACGAGUCUCUUGAGGAUUAUGAACGCCAACUAAAAAAUCUAAAUACCAAGGACAAUAAGAACAAAGUAAAGCUCAACAAGGAGCGUGAAAAGUUAAAAAGCGUGAAGCAGAAAAUUAGAAAAGAAGAGAGGAGUCUUAUGAAGGAAAUCAGAAGAUCUGCUAAGACUGCUGCAUUCGUUAAAUUAGAAAAAAAGCUGACAUUGGAUGCAGAAAGGCUGAAAAAGGCGGCAAAAAUAUACAAUGAACUUGCAGUGCAAGAACAUGAGUUUAAAAAAAUGAUGAAAAAGAAAUAAAGUUGUUUUUUUUUUCUAUCA